UAUGACAGUAAUGAAACCACGCCAUUUUGCGCAUUAUUUUUUUUAUUAAGUUUAUGCCAAAAUAAAAUUUUUUGCAUUUUAAAUUUUGUGAAGAGUUUAUAAAAAUAAAGGGAAAAUCUUUCAAAGGAAAGAUUUUAAACUGCGUAAAUAAAUAUUAAGUGGUACACAUUGAGCUUAAGUUAUUGAAAAGCUAUUUUGUCUCAAAAGCGUCAUUAUACAAAGGGAGAGGCGUUUUUUGAAACUAUAGAAGAAUGACAAAGUUUGUGGAGUUUUUACACUAAAUAUGAAUAAAUUUCUACACAGAAACAAGUUUCCAUAACUUAAACUGAUAAAAUAUUAAUUAAACUUUAAAAAAAAUGUCUAGUUCCAUCUUCGCUGAGAGCCCAAUAUCAACAAAUGAGUCGCGAAUGAGCGAUUCCAAUUUGGUUGUUGUUUAUGGUAAAAAUGGUGUUAAUAAUGUAGACAGGGAAGGUCUUGAAAACUUGAUUGAUGAUAAAGGACUUUCUACAAUAAGUGUUGUGCGCUUAACUUCGCCAACUCCAAGUAUGAAAGAUGAAGAAGAAAGUGAUAACGAAAUAAAAAGAAAUAAAAAAAAAGAAUGCGAAGAUAAAGAAACAGAUGCAAAUGAAAAGAGAAAUAAAAAAGAAGAUGUUGAACAUUCAGAAAAAAGCACAGAUUCCGAGUUGGAAUCUGAAGAAGAAAGAUAUGAUGAUAUAGAAGAAGCAAAGAAAAUAGUAAAAGAAAAACCUGAAGCUGUUGGUUUAAUCAUAGAAGAUUUUUGUUUACCAGAUAAAACUAAGGAAAUAACAAAAGCUGCACUUGCAUUAUCGGGCCUUCAACCACUGACAGUAUCAGUAGACUUUGAAAUUCAAAUGAAGGCUUUGAAAAAUGAUCACUGUUAUACUCCAUUAACAUCGCCCAGCGAAUUACUUGAGAGGAAACCGGAACCGAAACCCCUUUCAACAUCUACUAUAUCAGCAGUUACAUCAGUAAAAGCUGCACAGAAAAUGGCUGCUAUUAAAGCACAAAAUGCUGCGAAUCGGGCUGCAGAAAAAUCUAUUGGAAACGAUGAAAAUGAAAAAAUAAUUGACGAAUAUGAGGAUAAUGAAUCUUUGGAAGAUGAAAACGGUUCUGAUUACUCUGAAAGUGAAGAGUCAGCAGAUACUGACAAUGACCGCGAUUCGGAUCUAGAUUUUGAUGUUAAUGAUAGAACAGGACGCAAACGGAAAACAAAUAAAAAAUUUCCUAAGCGAAAAUUCAAAAAUAAAAUAUUGAAAAAGCGGCAAUCUACAAACAUUGAAAACCACUUGUGCCAAGAAGAUGACAAAAAAUCAAAAUUUGUUAAGGGGUUAGAUAAAUCGUAUACUGCUCAAACGAUUCCACAAACCCCAAUUUCCUCCUCAAAUAUCAAUAUCCAAAAAAUAGCUCCUAUCAAAUAUAAUGUGGCACAAUCUCCUGCAAAAAUGUUAGUUACUUCUUCUAAAAUGGAAAUACGCGUUCAAAAUAGAAUGCAGUCUUUAAAUACUACACAAAAUGCCGCAAAACCAGUUCCUCAAGUCCAAAAUAUACAAAAAAAUUCUCGACCUGAUAUUCUAUCAAAUAUUAUAACAGGAACUGGGAAGCCCAGCGGAGACCCUAGUGGUAAACCUGUGGUUCAAAAUGUUGUCAUUAUUAAGCCACCUAACAAAAAACAAUUGGGUAACACAUCUGGAGGAUUUACUGAUAUUACGAAAUAUUUAUCUAAAACAGAUAAUAUGCGAAGUUCAAACGUUCAAGUUUGUGAGUUGAUUAAACCGGAUAGCUCCGGAGCAAUAAUUUUGCGUAGGAGUGAACAAGAAAUGAGAUCAGUAUCAAUUGCUAACAAUAUAACAUCAAAUUUAUCGCCAAGUCGAAUAUCUAAAAAAGGAUUUAUGCCUCUAGUACCAGAUAAAAUUAAAUCCCAAAUGCUGCCGGCACAAAUAUCUGUUCAGGUUCAACAGAAGGUAGUUAAAAGUGACGAACGUUCUUUCGAAAAUAUCGAAACCCAAAAAGAAAUAAAUUUAUCUGAUUCAUUAAGGGGGCAAAUUCGGAAUCCCGAUCCAACAAAAUGCAGUGCAAAUACAAUUAAAAUAAUAAAAACUUAUGAAGAUCCAAAUACUUCAAAUGAAAAUUCUUUUACCCAUCAGCAAACCUUUCAAAAAAAACCUAUUAUAAUUCAUUCAAAUACAUCACAUUCUGCGUUUGCCUCUACUGCUAGUCAAGUGGAUUCUGUUGAUAUUUCGAAUGCGCCAUUAUUAGAAACACCAGACGAUAUUCCUGAGGAUUUAAUUAAAGAUAUGGCUGAACUUAUAGAUCAUAAAACUUUGCAAGAACUUGUAGAGGAACAGCAGCAACAACAAUUGCAAAACCAACGUUUAAAUCAGUCAUUUAAUGUUACAGAUUUUGAAACAAAUAUCCCUAAAAACUUUUUAAUGCAGCCUGUACAUCAGAAUAUAGACGUGAAAAACGAUUGUGCUAGGAACAUUUUGGAAAAAUCUCAAACACAAAACGAUUUAAAUCGGGAUGAUGAUAUAUUGAAUCAGGGAAACUCGCUGAAAACUUCUUCGGAAAAAAACAAUUAUAACUUAAAAGAAUCUCAAUCAUUUUCCCUUCAGCCUCCGGUGCAAGUAGUUUCGAGAAGUGGGCGUGUAAUAACCCUCCCUCCUAUUGAAGCCCCAACCACAAGAGCUAAGCGUCGCGCUGCAGCCACGACUUCUGAUACACCAACUCCCCCUGUAUCUUCGAAUGCGUCAGAAGCAUCUGAAUCUGAAUUUCCCAUGACACCUAAAUCAGCUCCACCUACAAAGCAGCAACAUAGAAGCUCAAGCUCGUUAAGAACCUCAAAAGAUCAACAAAAACGACCUGUUAUCGAAUCAGUUAAAAAGCAAAAACAAUCUUCUGCUGCAAUAUCAAUAUCUGAAGAUUGCUCCGAAAAUGAAUCAAGUGAGGGAGAGGACGAAGAUGAUCCUAAUAAAUUAUGGUGCAUAUGUCGUCAACCUCAUAACAAUAGGUUUAUGAUAUGUUGCGAUAGUUGUGAGGAUUGGUUCCACGGUACAUGUGUUGGUGUAACAAAGAACAUGGGGAAAGAAAUGGAACUAAAAAAAAUUGAAUGGACGUGUCCAAAUUGUAAGGAUGGUAAAAAACAACAAAACAUUAAAAUUAUGUUUGAAAAGCAGUCUGUUGAAUUAACCACUAAAUUGAAUUUAUCAACUCCGAAAAUUGAAGCACAAGAUAAAAAAGAAAAAAAUAAAAAUUCUUCUAAAAAACUAAAUAGCAGGAAGCCAAGCGAAGUUUCAAUUAUCCCACCUUUAACGACUCCUCUUUCGAAAUCUAUGCAACAAAAAAUAUCUGAAAUUAUUGGGGUUCCUUUGCCUGAACCAAUACAAUCAUCUUCGACAGAAAAUAUUGAUUUACAUUCUUCGAAUGACACUAUGCUAAAGAAAAGAAUUUUGAAGGGGACUCGUCCUCUUCCGAAGGAUGUUUCAGAAAAAACUAUUAAUUUUUAUAAUAAAAAAAAAACGUCUCCAACGCCAGGAGACCACGAAUCAGGGACAAAUAAAUCACAUGAAGUAAAAGAAAAAAAUUUAAAUGCAACAAAAGAGAGGCCUUUAGAACUUGAAAUAAUUUUUUGUAUUGUAUGUAAAAAGCAACAAGCUAGACCAAACUCAAUUUAUUGCAGUGAUGAUUGUAUCCGAAAACAUGCUCACGAUGCUCUAUCUUUUAAAGCAACAAAAAAUCAAUUACCAAGUGUUGCGUCUUCUCCAGGCCUAGGCUCCGACGGAGUAGAAAAAAAGAAAAAGCAGCCAAGCUCAUUUGAAGAAGCUUUGGGCAACGCUUCUUUACCUACUCCGAAAAAAAUUGAGAGGGUAUGUGUUUUUGAACGGAAAACUGGAAAAAUUUUAACAGGAAACAAUGCCCCAACAACUGCUAAUUUAAAACGAUGGUUACAAGAAAACCCUACAUUUGAAGUGAUUCAACCUGGAAGUCCGCAAGCACAAGCUGUAGAGAGGAACAAACAAAAACAAAAAUCUCAAAUUGUGUUGACAUCAGAAGCACAGCAGCGUUCAGUUCAAUCUUAUCGACAACAACCAACGAGAUCGUUAUCACAGCAGAAACAUGUAAUCAAAAUAAUAAAAUCCAUAUCAUCUAACCCCUCUCCAAAAUCGGAUGGUCAGCUUCAAGAAGUAAAUGAAGUCAUGCAUAAACCAGUGACUCAAAAACUACUAACAAUUCAUCACAUUUUCCCGUCUAAAGGAGAAAAAUCUGAAAUAAAACAAGAUGGCACAUGUGAAAGCACGGAAAAUAAAAUGGAAAAAUUAGAAAAAUUAAAAUUUGAUAAAAAUGAAAAGAGCGAGAAGACAGAAAGGCAAAGUAAGUCGGAAAAAAGUCCAACUAAAGCGAUUGUAAAGAAGCAAUCUUCAAAAGAAAAAGAAAAGGAAAAAACAGAACCAGAUAAAGAGAAAAUUCAAAACUCAGAACCAAUUAGAUUAAAUGUUAAAAGAACAUUAAAGGAAAAACUAAUAACACGUCUAGCAGAAACUACUGAAGAAAAUCAUCCAAAAAUGUCGGAACAUGAAUGUGAAAAAUACGCUAACGAAACUGAGGAAGAAAUGUUUGAGCUCUUUAAAGACACUGGUGUCAAAUACAAGGCAAAGUAUCGGUCAUUAGUCUUUAAUAUAAAGGAUCAUAAGAACAAAACGUUAUUUAAAAAAAUUUGCGAAAAGAGUAUUGAACCUAAACAACUGGUGAGAAUGACUCCAGAAGAAUUGGCAAGCCAAGAGCUAGCACAAUGGCGUGAAAAUGAAAAUAAACAUCAGUUGGAAAUGAUCAAGAAAUCUGAAUUAGAUCUUUUAUCUUGUGCUAAAAACUAUGUACUAAAAACCCAUAAAGGGGAGGAAGUAAUCGAAGAUAAACUGACAGAUAGAGUUAAUUUAGACAUUACUAUUCCUGUAGAAGAUGUAGUCGCAGUUCUUAAUAAUUCUACUGUAAGCAGUACUAGUGAAAUAGAAAAAAUUACAUCGAAUUGGGAUUCCAUUAAAUUUACGACACAAACACAGGAAAAUGAUGUCGAUAGCAGUUUAGGGAGCAGUAUUACGAAAAUUGAGAGUACAAUUGUAGAAACUUCUGAACAUAUGUGCGAAAUAGAUAGUAUUAAAAAAAGGGACAGCAAGAAAGACAAAGAAAAAGAAAAGCGCUACAAAAAUAAAGAUCGCCAUAGAGAAAAAUCCUCGAGAAGAAGUAAAAGUCGUAGCAAAAGCAGGGAUAGAAAACGCCGUAAAACACCACAAAAGGAAGAAGAUACUAGAUCACAUUACCACAAAGCUCAUGUAAAAGAAAAAUUUACGCAAUCUCCCGAACAAGAUAUUGUUGAUAUUACAAAUCGAAAAGAAACAUCUGCAUACUAUGAUGAAACAGAUGGAAAUCAUUGUCGUCAACCAGUUCAUCAUGAGCCUGAGGAGGAGCUACAUGGAUUUGAUGAAAACGAGUUUUCUUCCAAAUGUAAGUACAAGUUAUCAAGUGCAAGUGAUAAUAAAAAAAGGAAAGAAAAAGAUGAGAAGAGCGAAAAUUUCGAUUAUGCUGACGAAGUUGAACCGGAUCGUACCUUAAGCAAAUUUGAUAAAAAAGAAGAAAAGCUUUAUCAAUGUUCGCGUUACCAUUUCGAGGAUGAUAAAAAGAUUAAUUACGAGCAUAAACGACGUUCAUAUACAUAUUCACCAAGUUUGGAGGAAGAUGAAGAAAGGAAAAGGCGUCGCCAUCAAUCUUCUGGACAAACUCAUCAACAUCACAGGCCUACUACAUUAGUUAAUAGCAGUUCUCCACCGUUAGAAGGUGAAGAAUGUAGGAAAGAUCUAAUUUCGAAAUUGAAAAAUGAUUUGAAAUCAUUCACCCCAACCUCAACAACAACAACAUCCGAAACUUUAGUAUCCAAUAAAAAAUAUUCUUCAUCCGGUGUUAAUAAACAAAUUUCUUCAAAUAAGAUACAUAAAAAUAAAAUAUUUAAUCAGAAAUCUCGCAAUACAAAUCUUUCAGAAUAUAGUUUAAUCGACAAAAUUUUUGCAGAAUCAGAAAAAACCAUUGAAGAAGCUGCAAAUCUUGUUCCCAUUGUACUAGGAAAAGAAAAAUCUUUGGUUAAACCAGCUGAUUCACAAUCUUCGACUCCAAAAUAUACCGCUGAGACUCUCGAUAUUCUUCGAGAUAUGAAAAGAACUGAUUCUUCGGGUAACGAUUCGGAACAUGAAUUACCUUCUAGUACAGUAACAAUUCCAACACCUCCUGAGGAUCCUUACAAACAUUACGCGUCUGACAUUUCAACAAUAAUUUGGACAGGAAAUAUCAACAUGAUAGAUGUAGCAACAUUCAACAUUGUUAUACAACCUAUUUCUGGGAAUUGCACAUAUAUUGAAAAAGAAUUUCCUAUAGAGCUGGAUGUUGUUGGAAGAAUUGGACCAGAUACAGUAUGGGACUAUAUUGGCAAAAUAAAGAAAAGCCCAAACAAAGAAAUUGUGUUAGUUCGUUUAGUUCCCUCACCAGAAUCAGAAACUAAUGCAUACACAGCUUUAUAUUUGUAUUUAGAAAAGCGUAAACGUUUGGGUGUCGUUAAAUCUACUUCACCAGGAAUAAAAGAUUUUUAUAUUUUGCCUUUGCAAGCAAAAACAGAAUUGCCAGCAAUAUUACAAACGGUUUUUAAUUCAGAAUCUUUGGAUGAUGAUUCCAAACCGGAUUUACUAGUGGGAAUCAUAAUUCGAAUAAUGGAUUUCGGCCAUUCAAAGCGGUAUAAUACCACAACAACUUCAUCAUCAUCUUUACUUUCUGAAUCAAUAAGUAAAAUUGUAAGAAAACCGUUGCCACCAAACUCAUCCUCAAGCAUAUUAAAAGGAGAAACCACUGUGAUACAAAAUAAAAAAAUAUUAGGUUUAGGUGAAUUAACAGAAGAAGAUUAUAAGCCAGAAAGUCCACAUAUAAUCAUGGCUGGUACAAAAGUUUUCAGUAUUUUGCCGGAAAAGACGACUGAUAAUGAAAUAGAGAUCACUGCUUUAACAGUACAACAUACAUCUGACAAGGGAAUUUAUGAAGCAGAUGACGCUGAUGAACCAUAUUCUCCGGGUGGUAGUUCAGAUGAGGAGCUUAGUAUUUUGCCGGUCACGAAAGUAGACAUUAGUUCAGGUUGCGUUUCUAAUGCUGCCAUACCUGUGUCUACAGAUGAAUUACAACGUAAAGUCGAAGAAUUAACAAGACAGAUUGAAAAAGAAAAAAAGGAGAUAGAAAAUUUAGGAAGUGUUACUCUACCAGCAACUACAGCUGAAUUAGCACCAGCUUUGGCUAAUAUAUCAAUACCGUCAAAUUUACAACAAAUAUUAGCGAGUAUUCAAAAACCAGACCAAGCAAGUGAUUUAAUUUCAAUAGAAAAAAGUAAUGACGUUCUAACAAGUCACGAAAAUUCAGCAUGUAAUAUAAGUCAAGAGGAGUACAACCCAGAAAUUGAAUUUUAUAAUACAAAAACAGAAGCAGAGAGUAAAGGCUUUAAAACACAACUUACACAAAAUUCUUUGUCAGAUGGAAGCAGCAGAUUAGCAAAUUUAAGUGAAGCAGAGCUUCUUCAAAUGGUUCCCGACGAUAUUGAUUUAACAGAUAGUAAUAGCAACUCAAGAGAUUCUGCAGACCGUCAAAAUUCGUCUCCACCUUCAAAAAAAUCACGUUGGGAUAUUGAUCCUCCACCACCUGGACUAGAGGACGAGUAUGAAUAAAAAUAGUCGAUUAUGUUGCUAAUUUUAACAGCUUUCUUUAGUUUAUAAGUAAAAAUGUAAAAAAAGAAGAAAUUAUAAAAUUUAAAGAUUUUUUGAAUUUAUUUUUUGAUAUCUGAAGUUAAAAAAGAAAAAUUGUAUUUGAAAGCAGAACAAAUGUUUUCGAAUGCAACAUCAUUGACAAAUUGGUGGAAAAAUUCUCGAAAAAUAUGAAAAAAUUUCAAUUUUAAUCUUUAAUAGAUUAUUUUGUUACUUUUAUCUUAUGUACCUUAAUAUCAAAAUUUAGUUUAUAUAUUUGUUUUAUUAAAGUUUUUUUUAAAAAAUAUAAAAAUUUUUUACUUGAAAUUGUAGAACU